AUGGACGCAGACGACAAGGCCGACGGUGGCAAGAAACGCAUAACUGUACCUCUGUAUUUGAGGCGUUCCGGCAUCAAGAUCAACGAUGCUGUUUGCGCAGAGUCGCCGGACGGGAACGCGCCACCACAGCUUCGCAGCAGCAAUUCGCAUCAGCCCACCAAGCCACGGGGCUUUCUCAACCAAAUCGUCCCCCCGCCUCCAACACCCGGCAGCAGCCCACCCGUUGGCACGACCAAGGUAGUCGUCGACCACCCGAAAGGCGGCGGUGUCGCUUCAUGUGAAGAUAGCAGCCAUGCCCAGUCGAUAGGCGAAGAAGAGGGUAACAAGGAUACCGAAUCCAGCGGCGACGGCUCCGUCGUCCUGACUCCUUCCAGCAGCGUCGCCGCGGACGUCGACUGCGCCAACGCGAGCCCGGAAGCGCCGGGCAAAGCCACUACCACAACCGCGCAGCCGAUGCUGUCGUCGCAGGCCAGGGCCGCUUACGAGGUGGCGCGCGAGUACCAGAGGCGGGUCGAUAGAGGUGAGGAGCGGGCCCCGACGGAUCAAGAUCGCGCCAACUACACGGCCUGGUGGGCGCGGAAGCGGAAGCGACAAGAGGAAGAAGACUCGGCAAAUCAGGAGAGCGGGUGA